GCAGGUAAAGGGAGUGAACAAAAAAAGCCAAGCACUUCUUUGUGACAGGGAAACGAGCUAACAUGGAGUAGAAGCUGGAAACUGGGAAACAAACUAUAUUUAACGGAAAGGAAGAGAAUCUGGAAGUGCAGAAAUUUUGGACGGUGUAACCGCUCACCAUGAGUCGCAGACGGGCAGACUCCCAGGGGUCCCUGGGCCCUGACGAUGAGGUCAUGCCCUACAGUGACGAUGAGACCGACGACGAGCUGGACCCGGGCUCCGACAGUGAGGAACACGAAGCCCCCCCAGUGCCGGAAGCCAAAGCCGCCGAGCCUGGUUGGAGAGUCAAAGCCAAUGACAGAGACUUCUGUAACCUCCCGGAGUUUAAGAAGAAGGUUUUCUUGUGCUUCAAGAAGAGCAAGUACUCAGGGAACGCUAUCAAGACGUACAAGUACAACGUAGUAACAUUUAUACCCCUGAACCUGUUCGAGCAGUUCAAAAGAGCAGCUAACCUCUAUUUUCUAGCACUGCUUAUUCUACAGAUCAUUCCUCAAAUCACUACUCUGCCUUGGUACACGACCCUAGUGCCUUUAGUCCUGGUGUUGGGAAUCACAGCCAUUAAAGACCUGGUGGAUGACCUGGCUCGCCACAGGAUGGACAGAGAGAUCAAUAACAGGAAGUGCGAGGUUCUCCUCAACGGCAGGUUUCAGGAAUCCAAGUGGAUGGACGUCCAUGUUGGAGAUGUGGUUCGUUUGAAGAAAAAUGACUUCAUUCCUGCUGACAUUCUGUUGCUAUCCAGCUCAAACCCCAACAGUCUUUGUUAUGUUGAGACAGCUGAGCUUGAUGGGGAAACCAAUCUGAAGUUCAAAAUGGGCCUUAAGGUGACAGAUGAGAGACUCCAGGAGGAGAGCCAGCUGGCACGCUUUGACGCUAUGAUCAUUUGUGAGGAACCCAAUAACCGCCUGGACAAGUUCACCGGCACCAUGAGGUGGAAGAAGGACCGCUUUCCGCUGGACCUGGACAACAUGCUGCUCAGGGGCUGCAAGGUCCGCAAUACGGAGGAGUGUCACGGCCUGGUCAUUUUCGCAGGUGCCGACACCAAAAUCAUGCGGAAUGGUGGCAAGACCAGGUUUAAGAGGACCAAGAUUGAUGAGCUGAUGAACUACAUGGUUUACACUAUCUUUGUCCUCCUCAUCCUGGUAUCUGCUGGCCUGGCCAUUGGACACACCUUCUGGUAUGAGGAGAUUGGCAAACAGGCGUGGUACCUGUACGACGGGUCGAACGACAGCGCCUCCUACAGGGGCUUCCUCAGCUUCUGGGGUUACAUCAUCGUGCUGAACACCAUGGUGCCCAUUUCCCUUUAUGUCAGCGUGGAGGUCAUUCGAUUGGGCCAGAGCAAGUUCAUUAACUGGGACCUGCAGAUGUACUACCAAGCCAAGGACACGCCAGCCAAGGCCCGCACCACCACGCUCAACGAGCAGCUGGGCCAGAUCGAGUACAUCUUCUCGGACAAGACCGGCACCCUCACGCAGAACAUCAUGGCCUUCAAGAAGUGCACCAUCGCUGGCCACACCUACGGUAACCCCACCAGUGCGGAUGGUGUACCACUGGAACGUGGACAGCCGGUAAGCUUCAAGUGGAACAAGUAUGCAGACGAGAAGUUCCAGUUCGUCGACCAUUCCCUGGUGUCGUGCAUCCGGUCAAAGAAGGACCCAGAAGUGCUGGAGUUCUUCAAGCUGCUGUCUCUCUGUCACACUGUCAUGGUGGAGCAGAAGGAGGACGAUCUGGUGUACCAGGCUGCGUCCCCGGACGAGGGCGCACUUGUAACUGCUGCCCGCAACUUCGGCUUCGUCUUCCUGUCCCGCACACAGGACACCAUCACCAUCAGAGAGAUGGACGAAGAGAUGACCUACGAGAUGCUGGCACUGCUGGACUUCAACAGCGACCGCAAGCGCAUGUCCAUCAUCUUGAAGUUCCCCGAUGGCCGAAUCCGCCUGUACUGCAAGGGGGCGGACACCGUCAUCUACGAGCGUCUGCAUCCCGAUUCUAAGAACAAGGAGACAACUCAGACCGCGCUGGAUGAAUUCGCCAAUGACACCCUCCGAACCCUCUGCUUGUGCUAUAAAGACAUCAGCACGCGGGAGUUUGAAGCCUGGGCCAAUAAGCACAAGGAAGCCAGCCUCGCCAUGGUCGACCGCGAAGCCGCUCUGGACCGGGUAUAUGAGCUGAUUGAGAACAACCUGCUGCUGAUUGGAGCAACAGCCAUUGAGGACAAGCUCCAGGAUGGGGUUCCUGAGACUAUUGCAAAAUUGGCCAAAGCGGAUAUCAAAAUCUGGGUUCUGACUGGGGACAAGAAAGAAACCGCAGAGAACAUUGGGUUUUCCUGUCAGCUUCUGACCGAUGACAUGCAGCUCCACUACGGAGAAGAUGUCAAUGAGAAACUGCAAGCCCGACAGGCCAAUAGGAGGAACCAGCCGCCUGGACUGAGCCGGAACAAGAAGACUACGGAACCGUUCUUCCCAGAGCCUGGGAAGAAUGCCCUUAUCAUCACCGGGGGCUGGCUGAAUGAGAUCCUGUACGAAAAGAAGAAGAAGAGGCGCCGCCUCCGUCUGCGCAGGCUGGGCAGGAGGCCGCAGCCCACCAGCCCCCAGGACGGCCAGCCCAUCAACGACCUGGAGAAGGAGCAGAGGCAGAUCGACUUCGUGGACAUGGCGUGCGAGUGCAGCGCGGUCAUCUGCUGCCGCGUCACACCCAAGCAGAAGGCCAACGUCGUCAGCCUGGUCAAGAAGUACAAGAAGGCCGUGACGCUGUCCAUCGGAGAUGGAGCCAACGACGUCAACAUGAUCAAGACGGCAGACAUUGGUGUGGGCAUCAGCGGGCAGGAGGGCAUGCAGGCUGUCAUGUCCAGUGACUACGCCUUCGCCCAGUUCCGCUACCUGCAGCGCCUCCUGCUGGUGCACGGCCGCUGGUCCUACAUCCGCAUGUGCAAGUUCCUGCGCUACUUCUUCUACAAGAACUUCGCCUUCACCCUGGUCCACUUCUGGUACUCCUUCUUCAGCGGUUACUCCUCUCAGGUGGCAUAUGAAGACUGGUUCAUCACCCUGUACAAUGUCUGUUACAGCAGUCUCCCUGUUCUUCUGGUGGGCUUGCUGGAUCAGGACGUCAACGACAAACUGAGCUUGCGCUUCCCCAGGCUGUACUUACCGGGCCAGCAGGGGGUGCUGUUCAAUUACAAGAACUUCUUCAUCAGUCUGUUCCAUGGAAUCUUCACCUCGCUGAUCAUCUUCUUCAUCCCGUACGGAGCCUUCCUGCAGACCAUGGGUCAGGACGGGGAGGCCCCAUCCGACUACCAGUCCUUUGCUGUGGUGACCGCCUCCUCCCUCAUCAUCACCGUUAACCUCCAGAUCUCUUUGAACACGUCGUACUGGACAUUUGUGAAUUGCUUUGCGGUCCUGGGCAGUAUGGCCAUAUACUUCGGGAUCAUGUUCGACAUCCACAGUGCAGGAAUUCAUGUGAUCUUCCCCUCAGCAUUCACCUUUACAGGGGUGGCAUCCAAUGCCCUGCGACAGCCCUACCUCUGGCUGACCAUCAUUCUGACCGUGGGCAUCAGCCUGCUGCCUGUCAUCUGCAUUCAGUUCCUCCACAAGACCAUAUGGCCGUCUGAGGGAGACAAGGUCCAGAGGAACAGGAAGAGGUACGAGAUGGAGGCGGAGGAGGAGGAGAAGAAGAAGCAGCCCGCUCCCUUCCGGCGCGGCCAGCGCUCCCGGCGCUCGGCCUACGCCUUCUCCCACUCCCGCGGCUAUGCCGACCUCAUCGCGUCCGGCCGCAGCAUCCGCCGGAGACCGCCGGUGCGCCGGGGCAUCCCCGACAGCAUCCAGGAGGUGCAGCAGGCGGAGAACAGCUGAGAGCUGUCCGUUUCCCACCUGCCCGUCUGGACUGUUUAAGCUAAGCUGCACACCAAGGACCAGGAUCUUUUUUUUUUUUUUUUUUAAAGGUUUAUCUAUGACAGAUAACGAUGUAAUUCUCAGGAUUUAUACUGUUUUGUGUCACCUGUUCCUUGAUGCUUGAAACUCUUACCAGUGAGUGCUCAGUCAGGACACAGCUCGGCUUGCUGUCACGGCCUGGCUGACGUGCACUCCUCUGUUGUCAGGGGUUACCGGUGGCAGGACGUUCCUAUACCAGUGAUGGGUGGUAAACCAUGGGAGUUGGUGUUACAUAAAAGCUGUAAUUUAAUAUAUUGUGUAUAUUUUUGUUAGACAUUUUGACUGGUUAGGCAGAUAAAACUUGUACCGCAGGAGAAGUAUGCUAAGGUUGAUUUUAAUGUCACUCCUCUCUGUUUCAGCUGUGGUUCCCACCAAGGUCAUCUUUCCUUUAUGUCACUGUGAGCUUUGAGUCUGUCUGCUUUCUAUUGGCACUGUCGCUGUUUCAUGGUCACACCUUUCAUGGAACUUUGUGUUUUCUGCAUAAGUGUUUUUUAAGUUGGACACCUUUGUUUACAUUAAUACUCCAGAACGCAGCCCUUAAGAACUACUUGCUUUUUGAGCCAAACUGUUUCUUUCCAGGUUUGUGUAACUUAUUGGGUCCACAAAUUGCCACGCCUUAACAAUUAUACUAAGCACACCAAGAUGUCAAAAUGACUGGCCAUUCAUAGAUGAUGUUUCUUAAUAGUAGUUGGUCAGUCUCUUAUAUAACUUCAAAUGAUCACGUCCUUUUAAUGGACAUUUUGGCAUGAUACCUGGGAGAGAUGUGUUCCUUCUGUCUGUUAAUGACAUGGUUGCCUUUUGUAACUGUACUACCUAAAAAUGAGCUUUCAACUGGCACUUUUUAUUUCUGUCUUUGAGAGACCAUCAGUCAGGCUCUCCUGUAAUACUUUUGCAUGUUGACAAGGUGAUUUAAUCAUAGAUCAAAGUGGAUUCAGUUUUGUGAAAUGGCCUUUUUGACUAAUGUAAAAUUCUGCUCACGGGCAGAAAUAGACCUAAAACUCAUAAAGCUGUUACAUUCUCAUCAAUCUGCCAUCAUGUCUAAACAUCAUUCAUAUCGGGGAAUUAUAUUUGAAAUUCCUUUUUAUUUGUUAAAGAGAAUAUUUUUUAAAUGGCAUUUUGUUGUCUGGAAACACAACAUUCUACGACUCAGUUGUA